UCGAUUAUUGGGCAUAUUUUAAUGAAUAAUCGCGGAAAUUUAAAGAAAAUCACGACAAUGAGCAAAACAAAACGCUCGAGCGUGGUAGUGGACGAAGUGUCCAACGAAGAUUUCCUUGACUUACCCCAUGAAGAUUUUGCUGCCUACUGUCGAUUGUGCUUUUCCAUCUCCCAGCUGGAACCGCUUUUCGUCAGCCGGCAGGACGUGAACUACCAGCUGAUCGGUGUUAUCGAAAUGUGCACCGGUAUCAAGCUGAGUGCCAAGACAGACACCCCCUCGUCGAUAUGUCUGCAGUGUCGUCUCACUACGGACGAUUUCCUCAACUUCCGGAAGCUCUGCCAAAGGCUGAACCGUGUAUACCGUCGGAAAAGAAACGACAUGGCCCUGGCCAAAAUAUCGGUUGCUUUGGAGUACCAUCAAAGGAUUGAUGCUGUGCCAUCUCCAGUCGUCGCCGAAGGAGCAAUUGAUACGGAAACUUCUCCGGUUGCGGAAGAUAUUACCGUAGAACCGUCUCCCAUGGACGUGGUCGACGAAACUUGUGCAACUGAAAUUGCUGCGGAACCUUCGGCGAUGGAAGCUUCCGCGGAUCCUAUGGUCGGCGAUGAAAGUGCACCGGCAUCUUUCAUUGUGCACGAACUGUCCGAUGACGAUGAUGAUGUGGAGUGCACCGGCAUCUCGUCGGUGGAAACUAUACCCAUCGAUUUGGGUGCCGCUGAUAAAGAAAGCGACCCGUUCAUCAAAAUGGCCAAUGAUUGGUACUGCUGUAAGAUUUGCUCUCGGCUGUAUCAGUCGUUCCCCUUGCUGGCGGGGCAUUUUCGCGAAAUUCAUCCAAAUAAAGCACCCUUGCUGCGAACCAAACAGCAAGAGUCGUACUUUAUACCCAAAGAUUCCGACGUGCAGAUGCUGAAAAUCGGCGUGAAAACUUACUUCAAGUGCGACCUCUGUGAUACGCUGUUUGCACAGAAGCGAAACAUUUCGCGGCACCGCUGGAGAUAUCACGGUACUUUUGAUGACUCUAAGAAAACAUUUUGUACGAUGCCGGACUGUAGACAUUUCUUCAUGGAAAGGAAAGCCCUCAGUCGCCACAUGGGAAUUGUACAUGGCUACGAAAUCGAAGCCAAAGCGCACGCUGCCACCUCACCGGCUGACGGUGUUGACGACGAUGUGGUGGUAAUUACCGACUGCGUCGAAGAUGAGGCCGGUCCAGCUCUGAUGCAGGUUAUUUACACCGAUCAAUGAAGGUAAAGUUUACUAGUUGAAUAGUUUGCUAAUACUACUAUAAUAGGUUUUACGUUAGUUGCACAAAAU